UUUCAUUUGGCAACAAAACUUGUUUUCGCGAGAAAACUUGUGAUAGCAUCGUGAAUUUUAUUUUGAUUACAAAAUUGGCAUGAAACUCGAUAGUAAGCCGUGUAAUAGGAAAUUACUAUCGCUUAUUAUCUGUGUUUAGUUUUGUGUAUGGAUUAUCCGCCUUCCAAGUGGAGCUGCUAAAGAAAUUGCUUGCCAUGGCGGGCCCGUCCGACGGCGAUCCCGACGGAUGGGUCGAGUUCUGCGAGCGUCAGGCUAAAGCCGCCGCUCAGGACUUCGCCAAGGCUUGCCUGCAGUACGUACAGACCGGUACCAACGACCCCACAGUCCGGCAACAGCCCACACACAAGGACCUGCUGAAGAAAUUCGUUGAAUGUUUCUCGGAACAAUUCGAGUAUGAAAUCGGAAAACUAAAAGCGCUACACAAACUCCCCAACGGCACGCACACGGGUCAUGACGAGAGCGACUACUCAGAAGACACAGACUCGCCGAAAACGCAGCACAAGCCGUUUUUCCGAAGGUUAUCUUUUAAGGGUCUGAGACGCGGCAAGGGGUUAUUCCACAAGCAACACUCGGACGAGGUGGAAUUGUCAUCACAUCUGAACAAACACAACAAGACUAAAUUAGCUAAGAUAGUUGUAGAAUGUAGGAAAGAAGGUUUGGUAAAUAAUUUAACUCCUGAGAGCUUGGAACAGCCCGGAGGCCCUCAGAAAUGGGAGAAGUGCAGACUGGCUUUAGUGAAGACCGUGGGAGGGUACAUGCUGGAGUUCUACUCUCCACCUAAAGCCCAGAAGCCCCGCAGUGGAGUAUUCUGUUUCCUCAUAUCCGAGGCUCGGGAAACUACGGAGCUAGAGAUGCCAGACCAUGAAAAUACUUUUGUAUUGAAGGCUGACAACAACAUGGAAUACGUAAUAGAAGCAGCUGACGUGGAUGACAUGAAGUCCUGGUUAGCGACCAUCAAGUACUGCAUGCGGUCUCCGCCCACGACGCAGCCGCCGCCCGACGCGCUGCCGGGGCUGCCCGAGCCGGCGCCGCCCGACCUGCCGCCGCGGCGAGACCUACCAACCAGCUCUAGUAAUGUCGACCUAGCUACUGAUACACCGGAGGAAGCUGAAUUAGGUUCAAUAGCAGAAGAAGCCUGCGAGUCAUCGUCGCGGGUCUCGCUGGCGGAGUGGCCGUGGUUCCACGGGACGCUGGCGCGCUCGGCGGCGGCGGCCUGCGUGCUGGCGGGCGGCGCCGCGGGACACGGCUGCUAUCUCGUGCGACAGAGCGAGACCAGGCGCGGGGAAUAUGUGCUCACAUUUAACUUUCAAGGCCGCGCCAAGCACCUCCGCAUGACCCUGAGCGAGUCGGGGCAGUGCCGCGUGCAACACCUCUGGUUCCCGAACGUGCACGACAUGCUGGAGCACUUCCGCGCCAACCCCAUCCCGCUGGAGUCCGGCGGCGCCGCCGACGUCACGCUCACCGAGUACGUCGUCUGCCAGGACCAGAACAGACAACAAUUGGAUGUGACCCACGGCAGCGACGUCCGCAUGCGUCGCGCCGAGCUCGAGGCCCUGCUGGUGGCCAGCGGCGCGCAUCACGACAUCCGCGCCGUCGACAACCAAUACACGUUCGUGUAACGAUCGACCUGCUGUGGAGCGACCGACACGACCGGUACGACAGCCUCGACCGACGCGGCAGGUACGACAACCCCGACCGACGCGACAGGUCCGGCUUGUCCGACCGGCCCGACUAGUACGAGCGCCGUACUACGAGCGAUAGACAGGGCAUUCUGCUGUAGGAAAAACAUCGGUACUGUACCUAUUACAUUCUUAUAGAUUUAAUUAAUAUUUGUAUCUAAGUGUCAGACACAAUGAUCAAUUCAAGGUACAGUAUAGAUUGAAACGGUUUGGUGUAAGCGUGAGUUGUUGUGUGUAUUUAUCUAACACAUUUGUACCUAAGUAAGGUCAUCGUGAGCACAAAGUGAAUGGUAGUUAGGUUGGUAGUAAGUUGUGGAGUGUAUUCUAAAGAUUGCAGUGGACUUGUGUGUAGUUGGAAAUGAACUCUGAUUGGACAAUUUACUGGUGUAGCGUGAUAAAGUGCAGUUACUAUUGGUGAUUUAGUGAUUUUCGAAAUGUGUGACUUACAGAUAGGUUUCAGACAAAACAUCCACUCCGUUUCUUACUACUGAGUUUGAUUGUUUUGAAUGCUAAUGAGGUUACUCCACAGUAUAUCUAGAAAAUCAUAUUAAAAAUAAUUAUUCAUUAUGUACAUUCAAGUACAUGAAAUAGACAAUUAGAAACAGACUGCAAGUAUAAUUUGUGUAACAUAACUUUGCAGUCUAACAAAACGGUAGUACAUUUUUUGCUUAUAAGGCUAUUGAUCAAAUAUUCCAGGCUCUAUGUCAUAAGUGGCCCAAGAGGUUGUCCAUCACCUUUUUAGUAACACUUGCAGGUGUGAGAGCGAGACAACACUAUAUGCUGUGUAGAGCGCUGUCUCAUUCGACACCUGCAUUAGUCGGGAGGUGAUAGUAUGUUGAUCAUUACACAUACAGGCCUGAGUUACGCAAUUAUUUAUCUGUGCAAUAGGUUUAGUAUAUUUAUUCUAGAGUUAAUUUAGAUGUCUUAACGAGGCUUAGCCAAAUAUAUGUUACGUAUUCAAUGUGUACUUAAUGUAUUAGAUAGUAAGAACCAAUCUAUUAUACUUCACUGCCAAUUGCCCCUUGUUUAGUCAAUUUAACCAAAUAUUCAGGGAUUCAUGUAGAAUUUUGUUUUAGCAGUAUAGGAUAUCUUGCAAGUUGACAAUGCAGUUUAUAUAAAAGUACACUUUAGAAAAUAAAUAUUGUGGAUGUUCAUUUGUCCUAUUGGAUAAUUCAUGAUUGACAUU